AUGGCGGACUCUGCAGCCUCAGAGCCUCCUACCGAGCAGGUGGCCAACCUCAUCUUGGAUGAGGUCACGGGCGAGAAGGUCUCCAAGACGGAGCUCAAGCGCCGGCAAAAGGCUCGCCAGAAGGCUGACGAGAAGGCCAAGAAGGCCGCAGCUGCCCCUCCCAAGCCCGCCGUCGCAAAGAAGGCAGCCAAGCCGGACGAGCAGGAACUCAACCCCAACCAGUACUUUGAGAUUCGAAGCCGUGAGGUCAAUGGCAUGCUCGAGAACCCUUCGGGUCCUAACCCGUACCCGCACAAGUUCCUGGUCGACUACGAUGCUUCUCAAUUUGAAAAGGAAUUUAAGCACCUCAAGUCUGGCGAUGUCGACAAGACCAGGGAAAUCAGAAUCGCCGGCCGUAUCUUCACCAAGCGUAGCUCCGGAAACAAGCUGAUCUUCUACGACAUCAAGACCGGUUCCGACACGACGACGACCGGCUCCAAGCUCCAGAUCAUGUGCCAGGCUCAGUACAUCAAGGAGGGUGGCCCGACAUUUGAGCAGCAGCACGAGCAUCUUGGAAGGGGAGAUGUCAUUGGUAUUGUCGGAUUCCCCGGCAGAACCGCACCCAAGGCCAAGCUCGAGAGGGGCGAGGAGGGCGAGCUCUCCCUUUUCGCGACCGAGGUUGUUCAGCUGUCACCAUCGUUGCAUCUGCUUCCUGGCGAGCGUGCCGGCUUUACGGACGGUGAGAAGAGGUUCCGCAUGCGCUACCUCGACUUCAUGUUCAACGACAAGUCUCGCGAGGUUCUGUGGCAGCGUAGCAGAAUUGUCAAGUACAUUCGUGACUUCUUCCACGAGAGGCGGUUCAUCGAGGUGGAGACCCCAAUGAUGACUUCCAUCGCAGGUGGCGCAACAGCCCUUCCCUUCGUUACGCACCACAACGAGUAUGAUCUCGACAUGUUUAUGCGUAUCGCGCCGGAGCUGUAUCUCAAGAUGCUCGUGGUCGGUGGGUACAACAAGGUCUUUGAGAUUGGCAAGAACUUCCGCAAUGAGGGUUGCGAUCUUACUCACAACCCGGAGUUCACCACUAUCGAGGCAUAUGCGGCAUACUACGACAUGUACGACGUGAUGGACUACACCGAGGAGCUUGUCUCCGGACUGGUCAAGCACCUAACUGGCGGUUACGAGACCAAGUUCACCACGCAAUCGGGUGAGACGUACGAGGUUAACUGGGCAAGGCCAUGGAAGCGCGUCAAGAUCAUGCCCGAGCUCGAGAGGCUCACGGGCAAGAAAUUCCCUCCUUACAGCGAGCUGCACACCGAGGAGACAAACCAAUUCCUCCGCGACCUGCUCAAGGAGAAGAACAUUGAGUGCACGCCACCACUGACCAACGCUCGCAUGCUCGACAAGCUCAUUGGCGAAUAUCUGGAGGAGACUUGCAUCAACCCGACUUUCCUGAUGGAGCAUCCCCAAUUGAUGUCUCCCUUGGCCAAGUACCACCGCACAGAGAAGGGUAUCUCUGAGCGUUUCGAGGGUUUCGUCUGCAAGAAGGAGAUCUGCAACGCGUACACUGAGUUGAACAAUCCGUUUGACCAGAGGUUGCGCUUUGAAGAGCAAGCACGCCAAAAGGCCCAAGGUGACGACGAGGCCCAGAUGAUCGACGAGAACUUCCUGAGGUCACUGGAGUACGGUCUGCCUCCGACUGCCGGAUGGGGCCUGGGUAUCGACCGACUGUGCAUGUUCUUGACCAACAAUGCUACGAUCAGGGAGGUUCUGGCAUUCCCAUUCAUGCGAGACGAGAAGAGCGGCCCGCCAAUGGCCGCCGAGGUGGCCAAUGUUGAGCCGGUGCCGGUUGAGGGUAUUGCUCACAAAUAA